AUGGCAGGCCUUUUGAAGAAGCCAUUCAAGCUGGCGUUGGUCCAACUGGCAGCAGGAUCUGAUAAAGCCGCGAAUCUAUCCCAUGCUCGGUCCAAGGUGAUAGAAGCUGCAAAGGGCGGCGCAUCCGUGAUCGUACUGCCCGAAUGCUUCAAUUCUCCGUAUGGCUGCCAGUUCUUCCCCAAAUAUGCAGAGAAGAUACUGCCAUCGCCCCCAUCCAAAGAUGACUCGCCUUCAUGGCAUAUGUUGUCGUCUGUGGCUGCCGAAACAAAGACAUACCUCAUCGGAGGUAGCAUUCCCGAACUCGUGCCAGAAGGCGAGAAAUACUACAAUACUUCACUGGUUUUCUCGCCGUCCGGGGAGCUUAUCGCAACCCAUCGCAAGACGCAUUUGUUCGAUAUUGAUAUUCCCGGGAAGAUCAAGUUCAAAGAAAGCGAUGUGCUGUCUCCAGGCAACAAGGUCACACUGGUUGACCUCCCGGAGUAUGGCAAGAUAGGCUUGGCCAUCUGCUAUGAUGUACGGUUUCCAGAGCUUGCUACCAUUGCUGCUAGGAAGGGCGCGUUCAUGAGCGUAUACCCUGGAGCCUUCAAUACCACGACCGGACCCAUGCACUGGUCUCUUCAGGCCAGGGCGCGAGCGAUGGAUAACCAGGUCUAUGUUGCCAUGUGCAGUCCAGCGCGCGACAUGGAUGCAACUUACCAUGCCUACGGACACUCUAUGAUUGUCAACCCGAACGCUGAUAUUGUCAGUGAGGCGGAGGAGAAAGAGACCAUCAUCUACGGUGACAUUGACGGAGCGAAAAUAGAGGAGACUCGGAAGGGUAUCCCGUUGUACACUCAGCGCAGAUUCGAUGUCUACCCAGAUGUCAGUGAGGGCAAGAUACGGUUUGAUGAGUAG